GAUCUGCAAUCCGACGCCAAAACCCUUCUCCUUUCCUAACAACCUCAACGCCCUUCUCCUUCGUCCCUCUUGCGGUUUUAUCUAUCGAUUUUAUACACUAUGAGAAGAGCCUCAACUCUUGCCUCCUUUGUUCUCUCCAGAACCCUUGCCGCUGAGCAUGGUGGAUCUGGCAUCUCAUUUGCCGCCCAACGCCGUCUCUUACAGUCUGCUCUUUAUGGUACAAGUACAGGCAAUACAUAUAAUCGCCGGCGGUGGUUCUCCUCCCUUCUCGGCCCAUUUACUGGACGUUCCGCGCAAGUGGCGUCUCUUGGCGCCGCGGGGGCUCUGAUUACUGUAGUCGCGGCUGCUUCAUAUUCUCAACAAGUCCAUGCAAAGGAGCCUCCACCGCCGGAAGUUCUUCCUCGGGACGUUAUUCUCUACCAGUACGAGGCGUGUCCUUUCUGUAAUAAAGUUAAAGCAUUCUUGGACUACUUUGAUAUACCUUACAAAAUCGUGGAGGUUAACCCAAUCAGUAAGAAAGAAAUCAAAUGGUCUGAUUAUAAGAAGGUGCCCAUAUUAAUGGUAGAUGGCGAGCAGCUCAAUGACUCAUCAGCAAUAAUUGAUAAGUUGAGCCAGAAGAUUCUGUUGAAGGAAAAGAAUGAUUCAGCCUCAGAGGAUGAUGAGGAGACAAAAUGGAGGCGGUGGGUUGAUAAUCACUUGGUGCAUGUUUUGUCACCCAACAUUUAUCGAAAUGCUUCUGAGGCACUUGAGUCCUUUGACUAUAUUACAAGUAAUGGAAAUUUCAGUUUUACAGAAAGAAUUACAGUUAAGUAUGCUGGAGCUACAGCAAUGUAUUUUGUGUCCAAGAAUCUGAAGAAGAAGUACAACAUUACUGAUGAACGUGCUGCUCUUUAUGAGGCAGCAGAAACAUGGGUCGAUGCUCUAAAUGGCCGGGAAUUCCUUGGAGGAUCCAAGCCUAAUUUGGCCGACUUGGCUGUCUUCGGGGUGCUGAGACCAAUUCGCUAUCUUAGGUCGGGCAAAGAUAUGGUAGAACACACUCGGAUCGGUGGGUGGUACACAAGAAUGGAGAAUAAUGUGGGACAGUCUUCAAGAAUGAAAGCCUAAAUGAACAUCGUCGAGUUAGGACUUUUUUCUCCCUUAUAUUGCUAUGCUUUCAGGGUUUUGUACCACAUGCAACUUAUUUAUUGGAAGGAAAGACGGAUGGAUAUCUCCCUGGACAUUCAAAAACAAACUGGAAGGCGGAGGUAGUCGUAUAUAGACGCAAAAUUAUUCCAAAUGAUUAAUUCUUUCGACAAAUUAAUUUAUAUUUAUUAUAGAUGCAUUUACUUUUGACCCAUCUUAUUGAGUUGUAUGAUAGAAAAAAUGAAACAGUUUGCCAGUGACAA